GUCGCCAGUCACAUUGGAGUGCCAGUUCAAGCCACUAGGUAUUGUGUAACUCAAGGAAAAUUCAGUAAAAACAUUUCGAGCAGUGUAGUGGUUUUUGUUGAGUUAUGGCAGAUUACGUAGAAUAUGACAGUGCAGGAACCUUAGGGGAAGAAUAUAAUGAAAGAGUUGAGAAGAAUAGUGAAGAUAGGCCGAAAGUAUUAGUGAAGAAACGUAAAGGAAAGCAAGAAGAGAGAGGAAAAAGGGAAGAAAAAUGGAAAUUGUCCGAAAUUGAAAAAUUUCUAGAGUUGUAUGAGCUGUACCGUUGCUUAUGGGACUAUAAAGUAGACGAAUACAAAGACAGAAAUGCAAAAGAAAACGCAUGGGAAGAAAUUGUCCAUGGUAUGGAGAAACGAGAGUUCACAGUCAAGAAGGCUAAAGAUAAAAUACGCGUUCUUCGCAACACAUACAGCAACGAGCUGACUAAGAUCUAUAAAAGCAAAGUCUCAGGGGCAGGUCUCGAUGAUGUAUACGUUUUGACGCUGAGAUGGUUCUCAACAAUGGAUCGAAUCAUUGGAGGUGUUGUCAAAUCUCGAGGGAGCCAAUCAAUAGGACUUUCUCAGUUCGUCUGUACGGUACAUCGCAGGUUUUAUUUUCAGGAUCAAUCAAGCACUCAAGUUCAGCAAGAUGAUGCAGACAAAGAUAAAGAAACUAUCUUUGGAGAUGUUCAAGAUAUCCCUUCUUCAUCUAUUCCAUCUACUUCUACUGGUCGUAUUAUACGUGAGAAGCUCUCAAGUGCUUCUAAGCAAAUUCCUUACGCCAAACCGAUAUCAAGAAAAGUAGCUGGUGAACGCCUAGGAAAAAUACAAAACGCAGUACAACAACUGAAGGACAUUUCAGAUAAGGUUCUUGCACCUGAACGUAAAAAAGAUAUGUGCGAGUAUGAAUUGUUCGGCCAGUUUAUUGCCAGUCAGCUAAAAAAGCUUCCUGAGAUAAAUGCUUUGGCAGUAAUGCAAAAAAUUCAAACGUGCCUCAUGAACUAGAGGAUGACCGUUGCUCGCGAUAAUUCCAUGUCACACUACCAAUGGGAAGACACCUUAACUAAAUCCUCUUCCAUGGUGUCUCCAAAUCAAGAAGAUUCAAUUGAACUUGAGGCAAAAGAUAUCUUAAGUGAAGCCCUUAGUAUGUUAUAAAUGUAUGACGUUUUGAGUUUAUUUCGUUUUUAAAUAUUCCUUUUUCAGUAGAUUUUUGUAUUGUAUAAAAAUAAAUAAAGUACAGUUUCAAUAACCUCAUUUA